AUGGUGUAUACUCAUAGCUCAACAUUAGAGUCCAAGUGUGCCAAAGAGACAACGAAGAUUCAGAAUCUAGAAGCAAUGACGGCAGACGAAAGAACUAGAGGAACGGAGAAGCCACUGAGUGCGACAAGAAAACAAGACGCUAAAGAAAAAGAAGCGAGCGCCUCUAGUACUUUGGUCAACGACAAAGCUUCAAGAGGAAGCAUUGCCGACGAUAGUGGGCGUUACUUUGGACCCUCUCCUACGAAAAACCUACCUGCCGAAAAGUAUACCUCUUUUGUGAAGUUGGCAGGACAGUACGAGUUUCAGAAACUGGCAUUAUAUGAAGAGCCUGUACUGCGCAUUUUCGAUCCGCGCUUAGAAAUUGAGGUGUACACCGAUGCUUUGAUGGAUGGCUAUAGUGCAGUUUUAAUGCGAAAAUGUGCGAAAGACGGGAUGAUGCAUCCGUGUUUUUAUUUCAGCAGAGCGACGACUGACGUAGAACGAAAGUGUCGUGGCUACGAUUUAGAAGUUAUUGCCGUAGUUUAUGCCGCAAAAAAGUUUAGGUCAUAUUUGUUCGGACGAUCAUUUAAAAUCGUUACGAAUUGCAUUGCUUUUAAGCAGACAAUUAACAAAAAAGAAGUAAACAACCGCGCUAGGAGAUAG